GGUUACUUCAGCCUAGUUUUUAUUUAAACCCACUCACACACACACCCACACCCACCCACCUAACCGAAACUCAACCAAACCUUCAAGGCCGCCAUUGCCAUUGUCAUCUCCAAUGGCGAAUUCGGUACAGAGCUGCUCUUCAAUCGUGGCUCGUUCAGGUUUCAGUAACCGAUCUCGCGCGGCCAAUUCGGGACCUGAGAGCCACUGCUUCAGAUCUUUAUCUUUCCCUUAUCAGCUCGCUGGUCUUCCUCUCAAAUCUGCAGAGUCUUCAAGACAGGUAGCGUCACAUAGAUUGAGUGCAGUUGUGAAAGCAGUGAAUAAUCUUGAUCAACAGGAAGUUGAUAUCUCCUUAAGCCCCCGAGUAAAUUCUUUAAAACCUUCAAAGACUGUUGCUAUAUCCGACUUGGCCACAAGUCUUGCUCAAGCUGGUGUUCCUGUUAUUAAAUUAGCAGCUGGAGAACCUGACUUUGAUACUCCAACUGUGAUAGCAGAGGCUGGGAUAAAUGCAAUUCGUGAAGGGUACACGAGGUAUACUCCGAACGCUGGAACUUUAGAAAUCCGAGAAGCAAUAUGUCAUAAGCUUAAAGAGGAAAAUGGAAUUUCUUACACACCUGAUCAGAUUCUAGUUAGCAAUGGAGCCAAGCAGAGUAUUACACAAGUAGUGCUUGCAGUUUGUGCCCCGGGAGACGAGGUUAUAAUUCCAGCUCCAUAUUGGGUGAGCUACCCAGAGAUGGCAAGGCUGGCUGAUGCAACACCUGUGAUUCUUUCAACAAAGAUUGAGGAAAAUUUUCUGUUGGACCCAAAGGUUCUUGAAUCCCAACUCACUGAAAAGUCAAGACUAUUGAUUCUUUGUUCUCCAUCCAACCCAACAGGAUCUGUUUACCCAAAGAAAUUGCUUGAAGAGAUUGCUGAAAUUGUUGCAAGGCAUCCCAGGCUUUUGGUUGUUUCAGAUGAAAUAUAUGAACACAUAAUUUACAGGCCAGCAACUCAUACAAGUUUUGCAUCUCUGCCGGGCAUGUGGGAGAGGACACUUACAGUCAAUGGCUUUUCUAAGGCUUUUGCUAUGACUGGUUGGCGGCUUGGAUAUGUUGCUGGUCCUAAACAUUUUAUUACAGCAUGUGGAAAGCUACAGAGUCAGUUCACAUCAGGUGCCUGUAGUAUAUCACAGAAAGCGGCUGUUGCUGCCUUAGGACUGGGUUAUGCUGGUGGGGAGGAAGUUGCUAUCAUGGUCAAAGCAUUCAGAGAGCGGCGGGAUUUCUUGGUCCAAAGCUUUGGUAAGAUGGAGGGUGUUAAAAUCGCAGAACCGCAGGGAGCUUUCUAUCUCUUCAUUGAUUUCAGCUCUUACUAUGGAGCAGAGGCUGAAGGAUUUGGAAGAAUAGAUGAUUCGGAGUCUCUUUGCCGUUACCUUCUAGACAAGGGCCAGGUUGCAGCAGUCCCAGGGAGUGCGUUUGGAGAUGAUAGCUGCAUUCGAAUCUCUUAUGCUACAUCCCUCACCACCCUCCAAGCAGCUUUUGAAAGAAUUAAGAAGGCAAUGAUUCCUCUUAAGCGUCCGGCCCUUGUUUAACUCAUGACAGGUGCUGAUCUUCGUGAUUUAUUUAAGUUCGAAAGUUUGUACUUUGUAAUAAUUAUUUAUGGUUGUAAAAUGACAACCUUGGUGGCAUAUAAAAUAAAAUUUCGAUUGUUCUGUUGAUUGACUUUA